GUGUGGGCUCUGCUAUGAAUCAGUGUGAGGAGACCGAGGAGGGAGUCCCUCCCUCUAAAAGCACUCUGUGUGAAGAACAUGACACAAGGACCAAAGCUCAGAGUGUUCUUUCGCAGAGACCAGGCUCUCCUGAACCCAGUUGUGUAUCCAUGAAGAGUGACCGCUCUAUGUUUGAACCUUAUGACUUCAGAGAUGAACAGCACUCUUUUGAAGAAAGAGUUCAGCAGCAUCCAACAGACCUGGAGUCAAUAUUUAUGCAUCUUGAGGAGAACAUUUUCACUUUUGUGAGGAAUGAGUUGAAAAACAUCCAGAAGGUUCUUAGUCCAGAUUACCCAAAAUGCUUAGAGAGGCAGAGUGAGGAUAAUGAUAAUGAAGCGGGUGGUGAGGAUGAAGAGCAGAGGAGGAGCAGCAGAGCAGCAUUUCUUAAGAUCACACUGCACUUCCUGAGGAGAAUGAAGCAGGAGGAGCUGGCUGACCGUCUGCAGAGCAGAACUCCUGCUGCAGUUUGUCAAAGUCAACUCAAGUCUAACCUGAAGGAGAAGUUCCAGUGUGUGUUUGAGGGGAUUGCUAAAGCAGGAAACCCAACCCUUCUGAACCAGAUCUACACAGAGCUCUACAUCACAGAGGGAGGGACUGCAGAGGUCAAUGAUGAACAUGAGGUCAGACAGAUUGAAACAGCAUCCAGGAAACCAGACAGACAAGAAACAACAAUCAAAUGUGAAGACAUAUUUAAACCCUCACCUGGAAGAGAUGAACCAAUCAGAACAGUGAUGACAAAGGGAGUGGCUGGCAUCGGGAAAACAGUCUUAACACAGAAGUUCACUCUGGACUGGGCUGAAGACAAAGCCAACCAGGACAUACAGUUCACAUUUCCAUUCACUUUCAGAGAGCUGAAUGUGCUGAAAGAGAAAAAGUACAGCUUGGUGGAACUUGUUCAUCACUUCUUUACUGAAACCAAAGAAGCAGGAAUCUGCAGGUUUGAAGAGUUCCAGGUUGUGUUCAUCUUUGAUGGUCUGGAUGAGUGUCGACUUCCUCUGGACUUCAACAACAAUGAGAUCCUGACUGAUGUUCGAGAGUCAACCUCAGUGGAUGUGCUGCUGACAAACCUCAUCAGGGGGAAACUGCUUCCCUCUGCUCGCCUCUGGAUAACCACACGACCUGCAGCAGCCAAUCAGAUCCCUCCUGAGUGUGUUGACAUGGUGACAGAGGUCAGAGGGUUCAGUAAUCCACAGAAGGAGGAGUACUUCAGGAAGAGAUUCACAUAUGAGGAGCGGGCCAGCAUAAUCAUCUCCCAUAUCAAGACAUCACAAAGCCUCCACAUCAUGUGCCACAUCCCAAUCUUCUGCUGGAUCACUGCUACAGUUCUGGAGGAUGUGUUGAAGACCAGAAAGAGACGAGAGCUUCCCAAGACCCUGACUGAGAUGUACAUUCACUUCCUGGUGGUUCAGUCCAAACUAAAGAACGUCAAGUAUGAUGGAGGAGCUGAGACAGAUCCACACUGGAGUCCAGAGAGCAGGAAGAUGAUUGAGUCUCUUGGAAAACUGGCUUUUGAGCAGCUUCAGAAAGGUAACCUGAUCUUCUAUGAAUCAGACCUGACGGAGUGUGGCAUCGAUAUCAGAGCAGCCUCAGUGUACUCAGGAGUGUUCACACAGAUCUUUAAAGAGGAGAGAGGACUGUACCAGGACAAGGUCUUCUGCUUUGUCCAUCUGAGUGUUCAGGAGUUUCUGGCGGCUCUUCAUGUCCAUCUAACCUUCAUCAACUCUGGAGUCAAUCUGCUGGCAGAAGAACAAUCAAUCUCUCCAGGGUCUAAACUAUCUAGAGACAAUCCUGAACCAACACAUGUGUACCAGAGUGCUGUGGACAAGGCCCUACAGAGUCCAAAUGGACAUCUGGACUUGUUCCUCCGCUUCCUCCUGGGUCUUUCACUGCAGACCAGUCAGACUCUCCUACAAGGUCUGAUGACACACACAGGAAGUGGCUCAAAGACCAAUCAGGAAACAGUCGAGUACAUCAAGAAGAAGAUCAGUGAGAAUCUUUCUACAGAGAGAAGCAUCAAUCUGUUCCACUGUCUGAAUGAACUGAAUGAUCGUUCUCUAGUGGAGGAGAUCCAACAGUUCCUGAGAUCAGGAAGACUCUCCACAGAUGAACUGUCUCCUGCUCUGUGGUCAGCUCUGGUCUUCAUCUUACUGUCAUCAGAAAAAGAUCUGGACGUGUUUGACCUGAAGAAAUACUCUGCUUCAGAGGAGGCUCUUCUGAGGCUGCUGCCAGUGGUCAAAGCCUCCAACAAAGUUCUGCUGAGUGGCUGUAAUCUGUCAGAGAGAAGCUGUGAAGCUCUGUCCUCAGUUCUCAGCUCCCAGUCCUCUAGUCUGAGAGAGCUGGACCUGAGUAACAACAACCUGCAGGAUUCAGGAGUGAAGCUGCUCUCUGCUGUUCUGGAAAGCCCACAUUGUACACUGGAGAAUCUCAGACUUUCAGGCUGUAUGAUCACAGGGGAAGGCUGUACUUCUCUGGCCUCAGCUUUGAGAUCCAACCCCUCCCAUCUGAGAGAGCUGGACCUGAGCUACAAUCAUCCAGGAGACUCAGGAGUGAAGCUGCUGACUGCUGGACUGGAGGAUCCACACUGGAGACUGGACACUCUCAGGGUGGAACACGGUGGAGAGCAGUGGCUGAAACCUGGUCUGAGGAAGUAUUCCUGUAAACUCACAGUGGACACAAACACAGUGAACAGAAACCUCAAACUGUCUGACAACAACAGGAAGGUGACAUAUGCAAUAGAGGAGCAGUCAUAUCCUGAUCAUCCAGAGAGAUUUAAUGUCUGCCCUCAGCUGCUGUGUAGCAAUGGUCUGACUGGUCGCUGUUACUGGGAGGUCGAGUGGAGAGGAAGGGUUUAUAUAUCAGUGAGUUACAGAGGAAUCAGAAGGAGAGGAGACAGUGCUGACAGCAGGUUUGGCGGAAAUAAUCAGUCCUGGAGUCUUUACUGCUCUUAUGCUGAUGGUUACUCUGUCUGGUACAACAACAGAAGAACAGCCCUUCCCUCGUCCUCCUCCUCCUCCUCUGUCUCUAACAGAGUAGGAGUGUAUGUGGACUGUCCUGCUGGCACUCUGUCCUUCUACAGAGUCUCCUCUGACACACUGAUCCACCUCCACACCUUCAACACCACAUUCACUGAACUUCUUUUUCCUGGGUUCAGGUUCUGGUCUGAUUCCUCAGUGUCUCUGUGUUCAGUGUAGGAGGGAGAGUCUCCUCCUGUAAGAAACACUGCUGACAAGCACAGUCCGAUAACAAACAUUUUUGAGAAAACGUCUUGUAAUGAAUCCAAUGUUGAUGUUGUUUUUGGUAAAUGACUGCAUGUACAUCAUUUGAAAUAACUUUAAAUAUGUGAUAAGAUAAUAAUGAUAAUCAACAAAAGGCUGCAGGUUGGA